CACACUCCCAAGGAAAAGUCCCGAUGGUUAGCAAUCGCUUCAGCAAAGUGCAAAAGCACAUCACGAAAAAGAAGGGGAAGAAUGCGUCUCUGCAUGAGAAUAGCCGAGAUACGCGCCGGCUUCAGAGCGCGGCUGGGAGAGACGACAAGCUAAAUCGGCUUGCUGCUGUGCGCGAACAGCAGAAUCGGCCAUACUUGAUGAGGAUCAAAUUCUUUCAAUCUGCUGCUGCCAAGCACGACACAAGCUUCACCAUAUCCGAAAUCCAGACCCUAAUUAACGCCUAUCUACACCGAGACGACGAAGAAUUGGCCGCUUUGAAGGCACAGCGUCGAGUCGGUAGGCCUCCAAGUACGCGCGAGACUCUCUUGAAACAGAGCCAGAACAGCGAACAAGGCGAAUAUGCAUCCGGGUUCUGGUUGCCGGAUUUCGAAGAUAGCGAAAACCUCAAGGCCCUAGCCAACUGGAACGGACAAUGGUCAAGCCUGAGUACAUUGAAGUUCGUCCGGCUCGCAGCAGACGGGGCCAGGCGGGAGUCGAGCUUUCCCCCAAAAGGAUUGUCAUGAGAAAGUGGUUUCCGAAACGUGCCUAGCCCCAAUGAUUGCUGGUUGGGAAAGCCCUCUCCGUUGGAUAUAUAGAGUUGCACAACUCCCCUGACUGUCCUUGCUAUGCUUUGUACUCUUCUCAUUAUGAAGCUUCCAAAACCAAAAUGGGCGAACUUAGCGCAACAAAGGAGCUCCUUCUGGCAAAUGCCCCCUUCCUUUACGGUGGUGAUUAAAUCUACCCAUACUGACCAUUCUCAACCCAAGGAUGGCCAUCUCAAGGCCUCCCUGGUUUCGUAAUUCACGAACGAAUUCAGGAAGUCCUACUUCGGCAAAAUAUUGCACACCCACCUCAGGAUGGGAUCCACUUAUUCCCUCACUUUGGAAAACCCACCCGGGAAUUU